ACAGCUUCUUGUUUUGGGGCUCCUGUAACCCUAUCACAGCUCGCUUGCCCUGCUCAGAGUGGAAAACAUGUCUCACUCGAAACUUGGUAGGGCACAGGCUACAGCCCAGCCACCUGCCUGGGAAGGAGGCCAGAGGUUGCUCGGGCUCCUUUAUGGAACCCCACCGACCCCUCCCAGCCAGCUGAUGCCUUCUUGUGACCAUAUUCCACCUCGCGGCCUGCCCUGGGGGUGCCUCACUGCAGGUGACAGCUUCUGUACCACUUUUUGGGAGUGUCCUCUUUGGUGAACUCUCUGGAAGAGAUACUUCCAAGUGUCAGGGAAAUAAGAAUGUCUAAGCCCCUGGAGGCCGAGAAGCAAAGUCUGGACUCCCCAUCAGAGCACACAGACACCGAAAGAAAUGGACCCGACAUUAACCAUCAGAACCCCCAGAAUAAAGCGUCCCCGUUCUCUGUGUCCCCAACUGGCCCCAGCACCAAGGUGGGCAUUCUCUCUGGCCUCCACUUAACAUUCUGGGGUCCCGGACCCUGCCUCUCUCCUCCCCAGAUCAAGGCUGAAGACCCCACUGGUGAUUCAGCCCCAGCAGCACCCCCGCCCCCCCAGCCGGCUCAGCCUCAUCUGCCCCAGGCCCAACUCAUGUUGACGGGCAGCCAGCUAGCUGGGCUCUCAGCGCUGAUACCCGCUCAGCAGCAACUCCUCCUCCAGCAAGCUCAGGCCCAGCUGCUGGCCGCUGCUGUACAGCAGUCCAGUGCUGCCGCCGCCAACGCUGCUGCCGCUGCCGCUGCCGCCUCCACCUCCUCCUCCACCUCUUCUGCCUCCUCCUCCACCUCGCAGACCCCAGCCUCCUCUGGGGGAGGCGACCUGCCACCAUCACAGCCUACCAGCCAGCCCCCAGGGACCCCCCAGCUCACCUUGUCCCAACCCAUCCAGCUCACAGCACAGGACAUACAGCAACUCCUCCAGCUCCAGCAGCUGGUGCUUGUCCCUGGCCACCACCUCCAGCCACCUGCUCAGUUCCUGCUGCCACAGGCGCAGCAGAGUCAGCCAGGCCUGCUACCAACGCCAAAUCUAUUCCAGCUACCUCAGCAAACCCAGGGAGCUCUCCUGACCUCCCAGCCCCGGGCCGGGCUUCCUACACAGGCUAUGACUCGCCCCACGCUGCCCGACCUGCAACUCUCACACCCGCAGCCCCCAAAAUGCUUGGAGCCGCCAUCCCACCCGGAGGAGCCCAGUGAUCUGGAGGAACUGGAACAGUUUGCUCGCACCUUCAAGCAACGCCGCAUCAAGCUGGGCUUCACACAGGGUGAUGUGGGCCUGGCCAUGGGCAAACUCUAUGGCAACGACUUCAGCCAAACGACCAUUUCCCGCUUCGAGGCCCUUAACCUGAGCUUCAAGAACAUGUGUAAACUCAAGCCCCUCCUGGAGAAGUGGCUCAACGACGCAGAGACUAUGUCUGUGGACUCAAGCCUACCCAGCCCAAACCAGCUGAGCAGCCCCAGCCUGGGUUUCGACGGGCUGCCGGGGCGGCGACGCAAGAAGAGGACCAGCAUCGAGACGAAUGUCCGCUUCGCCUUAGAGAAGAGUUUCCUAGCGAACCAGAAGCCUACCUCAGAGGAGAUCCUGCUGAUCGCAGAGCAGCUGCACAUGGAGAAGGAAGUGAUCCGCGUCUGGUUCUGCAACCGGCGCCAGAAGGAGAAACGCAUCAACCCUUGCAGUGCGGCCCCCAUGCUGCCCAGCCCGGGAAAGCCGACCAGCUACAGCCCUCACCUGGUCACACCCCAAGGGGGCGCAGGGACCUUACCAUUGUCCCAAGCUUCUAGCAGUCUGAGCACAACAGUUACUACCUUAUCCUCAGCUGUGACGCUCCAUCCCAGCCGGACGGCAGGAGGGGGUGGGGGUGGGGGCGGAGUCGCUCCCCCCCUCAAUUCCAUCCCCUCUGUCACUCCCCCACCCCCGGCCACCACCAACAGCACAAACCCGAGCCCUCAAGGCAGCCACUCGGCCAUCGGCUUGUCGGGCCUGAACCCCAGCACGGGAAGCACAAUGGUGGGGUUGAGCUCUGGGCUGAGUCCAGCCCUUAUGAGCAACAACCCUUUGGCCACUAUCCAAGCCCUGGCCUCUGGUGGAACCCUGCCCCUUACCAGCCUUGAUGGCAGCGGGAACCUGGUGCUGGGGGCAGCCGGUGCGGCCCCAGGGAGCCCCAGCCUAGUAACCUCGCCUCUCUUCUUGAACCACACCGGGCUGCCCCUGCUCAGUGCCCCGCCAGGCGUGGGCCUGGUCUCGGCAGCGGCUGCAGCCGUGGCAGCGUCCAUCUCCAGCAAGUCUCCUGGCCUCUCCUCAUCUUCUUCGUCCUCAUCAUCCUCCACCUGCAGUGACGUGGCAGCACAGACCCCUGGAGGCCCGGGGGGACCCGAGGCGGGGUCCAAGGCUGAGUGAGAGCCGACCAUGCCUCCCCUCCUCCUCCUCUGACUCCCCUGACCUUGGCCCCCUGCCCAAGAGAGGGUGAGGAGGCUAGUGGGGGAUGCGGUGGAUCCUUGGAGCAGGAGUGACGAAGGAGGAAAAGACCAAAAAUCCAACCAAAAAGAAAACAAAACAAAAAACAACAACAGAAACAAAACAAAAAACAAAGAAACUAACCAACAAAAAAGAAAACCAAAAAUAUUCACAAUAGAAACCAGCUGCCCUAAAGGAACCAGAGAUGAAAAACAAAGAAAUGAACAAAAACACAAAAAACAAAAAACAAACCACCUCCAAACUAACCAAACACCCCUCACCCCCAAACCAAACAAACCAAAAACCAGUUUUGAGCCAGAUCUUGGAGUGCUCACUGCUAUGACACCAAAUAAGAACCUUCAGCCAGGAGCGGAGCAGCCUCCAGCAGGUCGGACCUCAUGCCGCGGAGCCCUGGCUGUGGGACCAACUCCUAACCUUACCCCACUGGGGUUGGGCAGAGAAGGAACCAGAGAAUGUGCCAGCUUGCUGGCCCAGCCCCAGCUCUGGGCCAAUGGAGACAGGUACUGCCUGGGGCAGGAGGCCCAGGGCCCAGAGCCACCUACCAAAUGGUCUUUUCCAGAAGGUAAAAGAGAAAGGACCCAAACAACCUUACACCAAAUACUCAGUAGCUUCAUCCAAAGGCUGUACAGAGUUUUUAGCGUUUCGCUCAACAGAAUGUGUGUCCCUUCUACGUGUCUCCUCUCCCCAGCCCCCCAGCUCUCCCCAACAAGGCAGGGGGUCUCGCUUUAACCCCCCCUCGCCACCCCCAGCCUGGGGAGAGUUCAGAGGAAGGCCUGGGAACGGGCUUUUUUGUCCUCUGUCCCUUCCUUUCUCCCUUUGAAGGGUGGGCUAGGCCAUUUUUUGCCAAGUUCCAACUCUCAAAAGCCCCUCCUCAGCGCCUGUCACCUGUCUGCUCUGGAGUCUACCUCCUCCCCAGUCUGUGGAAGGUGGUUGGUUCAAGCAAAGGGGGAUAUGGUGAGGGCAUCCAAGUUGUCUUUCUUCCCAUCCUGUCUGUCAGUUUCCCUGAAAAAAAAAUCAUAUUCCAGUGCCUA